GCACCCAUCGUAUCUGCUCAGUUAGUUCCCGUGGCUUGAAUUCGGCGAACGAAAUAUGGAGCUCAUUAACGUGGUGUUGGCCGCGUUCAUCUUCGUAGUGUCGGCAGUGUACCUUUUCAUUCGGAACAAACAUAAUUACUGGAAAGACAAUGGAUUCCCGUAUGCGCCGAAUCCGCAUUUUCUGUUCGGACACGCGAAAGGACAGGCCCAGACAAGGCAUGCGGCCGACAUCCAUCUGGAACUGUACAAAAAAUUCAAGCAGCGCGGUGAUCGGUACGUUGGCAUGAGCCAGUUCAUCAUACCAUCUGUGUUUGUGAUCGAUCCAGAGCUGGUGAAAACGAUCCUAGUAAAGGACUUUAAUGUAUUCCACGAUCGCGGUGUUUUCACUAAUGCAAGAGACGAUCCACUAUCAGGUCACUUGUUUGCGCUGGAAGGUAACCCAUGGCGCUUGUUGCGUCAGAAGCUCACCCCGACGUUCACCUCAGGUCGCAUGAAGCAAAUGUUUGGUACAUUAUGGGAUGUGGCACUUGAGCUGGACAAGUAUAUGGAAGAAAACUAUCGUCAGCCGGAUAUUGAGAUGAAGGAUGUGCUAGGUCGGUUUACGACAGAUGUGAUUGGCACCUGUGCAUUCGGGAUUGAGUGUAAUACGCUUAAGACACCGGACUCGGAAUUCCGCAAAUAUGGCAACAAAGCGUUCGAGCUGGAUCUCCUAAUUAUGAUGAAAUUUUUCUUUGCGUCGGCUUAUCCGUCACUUGUGCGGAAACUGCGAAUGAAGAUAACAUUCGAUGAUGUGGAAGAGUUUUUCGUAAAAAUAGUGCGCGAGACGGUGAACUAUCGUGAAAUGAACAAUGUAAAACGAAACGACUUCAUGAACCUGCUGCUGCAGAUCAAGAAUAAGGGCAAGCUGGACGACAGUGAUGAUGGGAGUGUUGGCAAGGGUGAAGUAGGAAUGACACAACUGGAACUUGCGGCACAAGCGUUCGUUUUCUUCCUGGCUGGUUUCGAGACAUCAUCCACGACGCAAAGCUUCUGUCUGUACGAGUUGGCAAAGAACCCUGACAUCCAGGAGCGCCUUAGACAAGAGAUCAACCAAGCAAUCGAAGAGAAUGACGGCCAGGUGACGUACGAUGUCGCCAUGAACAUACAGUAUCUGGACAAUGUGAUAAACGAAACACUUCGCAAGUACCCCCCGGUAGAAUCGUUGAAUCGUGUGCCGUCUGUUGACUAUGUCAUCCCCGGUACGAAACAUGUCAUUCCCAAACGAACGUUAGUGCAAAUUCCGGUUCACGCCAUUCAACAUGAUCCUGAGCACUAUCCCGAUCCAGAACGUUUCGAUCCGGAUCGCUUCUCACCGGAGGAAGUGAAAAAGCGACAUCCCUUCACGUUCCUCCCAUUCGGCGAGGGGCCACGCGUUUGCAUUGGGCUUCGGUUUGGUGUGAUGCAGACGAAGGUAGGAUUGAUAACGCUGUUGAGAAAGUUCCGCUUCUCGCCGUCAGCGCGUACACCAGAUUGUGUAACGUUUCAUCCGAAAAUGAUCACCUUGUCACCGAUCGCGGGUAAUUACUUGAAGGUAGAAAAGGUGUAAGUAACUCACAAAAUGAUGCAGCGGAAGGGGUUUUUGUAGAAAGAAAACAUGCUUUAGAAAUAAAAGAAGCAUUGAAUAAAAUAA